UUCUGAUAUUGAUUGCACAUUUUUCUGGCUCGAAAGAGGCAUCAAGAAGAGCCAGUGAAACGUGGCCUAUGGUCAAAUUAACUGAACGCCACAUCAUCAAUUACUCGAACGAAGACAAGGCCACCGCCACGACUGAAUCAAGCGUCUACAAAACUCCCUUCAUUAAGUGCAUAUACCCACUAAGCACUUUAUACAGCUUCAAGGACGCGCUUUUUUACCUGCAAGACGUCCAGAAAUGCCACCGGCGACCCCGUACAACUCCGUCGUACGCCCCUAUCGUAUUCGUGUGGACGACUUCUCUGCACCGGCCGACCCUCAUGCGAAGCAACCUCUGUAUCUCUUAUCACACACUCACACUGACCAUCUGUACGGAUUGUCCGCUCGCUCCUUCUCUGGCAACGUAAUAUGCUCUUAUGAUGCCAAAGAGAUGCUUUUGAAGCAUGAAGUUUAUAUCGAGAGAGCACUCAAGGACACGGAAGUCAGGGCAGAGCCUGUUCGGACAUUCAGCCACUUGAAGAUCAACCCAAGAAGACUCCAGGAUGGUGGGAUUGACUACACGGGUUCCAGAGAUUUGUUGACGACGAUUCCUUUGAAUACGCCUACAGAAAUUCAGAUCGACGAUCAAGAACGAGUGACGAUUACUGCAUUCGACGCAAAUCAUUGCCCAGGAUCCGUGAUGUUCUUGAUAGAAGGUCAAUAUGGCGCUGUGCUUCACACCGGUGACUUCAGAGCAGAGCCAUGGUUUCUCGACUCGCUCAGGAAGAACCCGUAUUUGCAGAAGUAUCUAGUCCCUCCGGAGAUUGAAGUGCCAGAGCACAAGUCCGCAACAGAGGAAAGACAUACGUUCAAUCAAACACUCAAUGCCAUUCAUCUUGACACUGCAUGCCUCUUGAGUAUCAUUAACGUUCCGACCAAGGACGACGCAACCUCCGGGCUUCUUUCUUUGAUGGGUCUUCUUCCCGUGACGACGCUAUUCUUUAUCAAUGCCUGGACAUGGGGAUAUGAAGACGUCUUGAAGGCCAUCGCUAGAGCCUUUAACAGUCCAAUUCAUGUCGAUCGCUAUAAGCAUGCGGUCCUCUCACGCAUACGUGGCGAUCCGCUGCUGCGGUCCAUCAUCACAUCUGAUCCUAGCGGCACGCGAUUUCACGCUUGUGAACGCUUUGACCGAUGCGAGUACGUCAGCGUGGACGGUAAUGGUGUUCUUUCCCCUAGGGGUGUGGCCGCAACACUGAGCAAGACGGGCAAGCACGUUGUGUACAUCAAUCCCGUCACAAUGGGCGCCACGAGCUGGGACCUCUAUUUAAAGGAAACAAAGGCGAAGUUGGCUCAAGGCCAGAUCAUCAACCAUCUCUUGGUGCCCCUUUCGCGACAUUCGCCCCUGCCAGAACUGAGAGCGUUCGUCUCCAUGUUCAAACCGAAAUGUGUGAUCCCGAACACUCUCGAUCCGACGCUCAAAGGACUGGAUUGGGCGUGCAUCCCUCAGAUGUUUUCAGGUUGUUUCCGUUCAGAUGAUCGUCAUGAUGCCGAGCGGGAUGCCUUGGUUGCAAAUUUGAAGGCUAAGGAGCUGGUUGAGGCGUUGUCUGCAACAGACCAAGACGAUAGGGACGUCGCUUUGAAGAACCUCGAAGGAGAAGGUGCACUUGAGGUGGCAAUGAGAUGGGCCGAGAACAGCAAGACCAAGAGAAAGCUGGAGGUGAUGAAGGAAUAUCUCAUAGGUGUAGAGAGGGUCCUCGUCGAUCGUAUUCUGAAUGGCAGCCAUCGAGGUUCUCGUGGUGCUGGCAGCAGUGACUCGAAAUCUCCGUCGCAGUCAAGGCUCACUGGACAGGGAAGUGCGAACAACGUGGCCGCGACACGGACUUUUCAGGGUCGGGCCACCAGGGCUGAAACAGAAAGGGCGAUGGCACUACUUCGGCCCAAUAUUCCCCGAAGACCUUAUCAAAGUGACGAGGAUACGGAAGAUUCAGAUGCUGAAGACGAACGAGGACGGACCGCACAUUACCUGUUCGCCGAACAAGCGGGUGUUUUUUCGGACCAUCCCCUCAAUGUGUCGGAGGAUACCUCCCCUUUGAUAAGUCCUGUUCGAAAGUCGCCCGCAGCCGCUCAAGACGCCCUUACACAAACGCCGGCUCGGUCGUCGGAACGUCCGCCUCUUACACCAGAAAGCCCUCACACUCCAACGGGUAAAGAACCUGAAAAAUUGUCCGCUUCUCCUAUGCAAGAUUUGGAAGUACAUAAGAAGUCAGGCAAUGCGAUGAAACGGAAGAGGACAAUAUCUUCCACGAGAAUCCAGGAUACGAAAGUCUCAAUGAGCGUGAGCUCGAUGCAGGUAGUCGCGGAGGAGUAUUUUGGAACGUCAGGAAGCCCGUUGCUCGAUAAGCGAAAUCUUAUACAGAGUUCGCCGACGACUAAGUCGCAAACUGAGAAAACUGAGAAGGAAGGUCACCGCUCGAAACGGCCCAGAAUUGCUGAAGACUCCAAAAAUGUUACGCUGCGUGACGAUACGACAGUUACAUUUGUCCAGAAACAUGCUGUCAAGCUAAGCAACGCAACCAUCCCUAAGCCGUCCGGAAAGCGGAAGAUCAAAGGUCGUGUUCAUUCAAUGAAUGAUCCUGAGGUCAAUGCUUCAAAAUGUGCUUCAAACGCACCUGUUACCGAUGCUUCUGUCUUAUCGCUACAGUAUACAAGACCAGUCAAGUUCAACAGUGCACUUGCGAAGUUGAAACCCCGCUGGCGCAAGGUAGCAGAGAAACUCGCCCAUGCGCUUGGUCGGCAAGCUCCUGAAGUAAACGAGACGGCUUCCUCUAUGCAGCUUCCAACGCAUCACGCCUACGCGUCCGUCUCGGUUGAAGCACCAGGGAUUCUCUCAAAGUCUGCAGCAUCAGGUGCCCGUAAAGAUGGAUAUGAAUCGAACUCGCCAAGUCUAUGAAGAUAUCAAGUAUAGGGUAGGUCGAGGCGAGAGACCCGGCCUCGUCAUCCCGCGUCUUCAGUGUCUGGACAGCCAAAGCGAACAAGGCCGGCGAACGCAAGCGAUGGAAGCUUUGCUGAGUUAAUAUCAUUAUACUUACUUAUUUUUUACUUUACGAAGUGUUCCAGUGUAGAAUUCAAUGUGCUAGAAUUCAUUUGAGCUAAUCGCCCUUGCAGCAAGGUCAUUCUUGGAUACCUUCCUUUUAUGGAUAAGUUCCGAGCGGUGCCACAUUUUCAC